CUCCUUCCCACUCAAACCCCCAAACUUAGAAACUCAUACGCAGGAUUGGGAUGGCAUCUGAUCCCUUAAAUGAAGUGCCUUUGGGUCGAUUCACCGUUUUGCCCCAAGGUUCAGCCAGCCUAAAGCUGGGUUUGUUGACCCUGCUGCAAUUUGUGACCCUGAGCUGCAUUUCUUCCUCCGAAGCUCUCAUUGCUCCGUCGUUGGUUCCCCGGGUCAAAUCUAGCUACAAUUUUGGCCGGACUUUCCUGGGACUUGACAAAUGCAACGCCUGCAUCGGGACAUCCAUUUGUAAGAAGUUCUUUAAAGAAGAAAUCAGGUUUGACAACUGGCUUGCUUCCCACCUCAAACUUCCCCCUGAUUACUUUUCCACUUAUCCUGCAAACUACUCAGAUGAUACCAAAAGCUGGCGCCCAGUGGAGAUUUCCAGGCUAAUAAGUAAAUACCAAAAUGAACUUUCUGAUAGGAGAAUCUGUGCAUCAGCUUCUGGUUCAAAGAACUGCAGCAUUGAGAGAGUCCUGAGGAAAACAGAAAGAGUCCAAAAAUGGCUGAAGGCCAAGCGCCUCACUCCAGACCUGGUGCAGGGUCUGCCUAGUCCAAUGCUACGAUGUCCCUCACAGAGGCUCUUAGAUCGCAUUGUUCGGAGAUAUGCUGAAGUGGCAGAUGCUGGCAGUGUCUUCAUGGAUCAUUUUACGGAGCGGGACAAAUUACGCCUUCUCUAUACCCUUUCCAUCAAUACCCAUCCCAUCUUGUUACAGAUCUUCCCGGGGGCGGAGGGGUGGCCCUUGCCCAGAUAUCUAGGCUCUUGUGGUCGAUUCCUGGUCAGCACCAGCACACAGCCCCUGGAGGAGUUCUACAACUCACCUGCAGACCAGGCAGCUGACUUGGCGUUCCAGCUCCUUGGUAUUAUGGAUUCCCUGAGGAACAAUGACUUGAACUAUUUCUUUUACUUCACCCGCAUUGAUGCUGGCACGUUUGGCAUUUUUGACAAUGGACAUCUGUUCAUACGAGAUGCCAGCACAGUGGGCGUCAUUGACAAGCAGCAAGGUAGCCUGAAUCUAGACAGGCAAGAAGAAUACAAAGAUAUAUUUAGCUGCCUGGUCUUAGACUGCCGGUAUCCAUUUCCUUCUUGCAACACAGUGAAGGAGAAACAGAACUUGGUGAUGGUCUGUCAGCAGCUUCUGCCCCGGCUUCUCAAAGGGAAAUUUCCCCAGCUUAUACAAGCAGAGAUAGAUUCUGCCCUGGUUCUUUGUGGGAACCCUUUGCUCUCAGACCAGGAGGUCAUCAGUGCAGCCAGCAAACUGAAGGGUAUCUUGAAACCACUGAGAACCUGUGAUCCUCGUUAUGCUUAUCGCUAUCCAGACUGCAAAUACAGUGAUAGGUACUGAGAAGACUCUGUGUCUCAUGGAGGAAGAUGAAGGAACACCUGGUAUUCACCUGCUAAAAAGAAAAUGUGGUGGAAGGGCUUAAUAAAGUAUCCCACCCAUGGUUUAUUUGCUAUUUCCACAAUAUGAAAAAAAUGCUUGGUGGAAUAGUGGAUAGAAUGGUCUCAGACUCUUUCUAGAUGUGUGACUCUGGACAAGAGAAUGAUCAUUGUGAAUACUUCACAUGGCUGGUUUCCAACAUUUGGUGCCUACCAUCAUCUGGUGUCUGCAUAACAUUUGGCACAACAUCAAUCACAUCAACUUAAUCUCCAUCUGCCUCAGUUUUCUCAUCUAUAAAAUGGGGAUAGUAAUAAAUAGAAUAUCAAGUUUGAUCCUGGAUAAUUCAUUCAAUCAUAUUUGCUUCUGUUUCCUCAUCUCCGAAAUGAGCUGGAUAAGGAAAUGGCAAACCACUCCAUCAUCUUUGCCAA